GCGGCCCUAGCGGCCACGGUGCCUCUCUCCAGCGCCCACAUGAUCAUGGCGAACCCGGUUCCCUUCAACGCCCCGAAUAACUCGCCACUCGCCCCAGAUGGUUCCGAUUUCCCUUGCAAGGGCCCGCCCAGCGGCUCUGCUCAAGUGAACGAGUGGCACGUCGGCUCAACCCAAUCCCUCUCCUUCUCGGGCACUGCCGUCCACGGCGGUGGAAGCUGCCAGAUGAGCGUAACCACUGACAAAACACCUACCAGAGAUUCCAAGUGGAAAGUCAUUUACAGCAUCGAAGGCGGAUGUCCUGCUAACGUAGAGGGUAACCUGGAUCAGAGCGGCCCUAACUACGACGGCACUUUUCCUUUUACCGUCCCCCAGGAUCUUCCCACCGGCGACUUGACUGUGGCCUGGACGUGGUUCAACAAGAUUGGCAACCGCGAAAUGUACAUGAAUUGCGCGUCUGUUUCAGUCACUGGCGGCGCAGAUGAUGCAUCGGGGCUGGAUGCGCUUCCUGACAUGGCGAUUGCGAAUGUCAACGUCCCGGGCUCAUGCGGCACGACAAAAGAGGGGACCGACUAUACGUUUGCGAAUCCAGGCAUGUUUGGUACGACGGUUGGUGAGGGUCCGUUUAUGAAUCUUUGCGCGGGUACGCCUUCACAGCCUGGAAUGGGUCGUAGUAGUGGUGGUAGUGGCUCUGAUGGUGCUGCUGGGGCUUCUUCACAGGCUCCAGCUGCAUCGGAUGCUGGAUCCGCGAUGCCUUCAACCUUCCGUACUGUCAAGACCGCUACCGCGCCUAUGCUUCCUAUGCCCACCAAUCCAGGUGGUGUUAUGGCUCCUUCCGCUUGUAGUGCCGCUCAAGCUCCCAAGCCCACGCCCGCUCAACCUUCCCAAGGCCCUGGUACAGCUUAUCCUACUGCCGCCCCAGCCCCAGCUCCAGCCCCGAGCCACGUCACACCUCAUCCUUCAGCUGGACUAGCCCCAGGCUCUGGAUCUUCUAGCGGCACUCUUUGCUCUACCGAUGGCCAACUCGUCUGCUCACCCGACGGUACGCAGUAUGGUCUUUGUAACUUUGGAAAGGCAGUCAUGAUGCCAGUAGCUGGAGGCACAAAGUGUGUGAGUGGUGCUAUUGCAAGGCAUGAUGAUUACACGCACCGAAACCAGCGCACUGCUAUCUAA